AUGCGGACGAAAAGCUUCGUUGCGAGGCUGGCACCUACAUCUGGCUUCAGCAAAACUGUCCAUCCGUCCCAAUCCCUCGCCUAUAUGGAUUCGGACUCUCGACGGUUUACUGCCAUCGAGAAACUACCUCUCCUUCGCCGGCUGGCACACGAUUUCUAUCACCGACUACGAAACUGGCUGAAGCUCCCCGUCCCUUCGAGAUACAUUCGUCAUCGAGGUGCAAGCUUUGACUCCUUGGGUUCCGGCUAUCUUUUGAUCGAUUACAUAGAAAAAAACGAGGGUGAAAUGCUGUCAUACACAUGGAACGAGAGGUAUCAAGAGGAGGGACUGCGCAGGAACCUCUUUCGAAACCUAUCCCGGAUCCUGUUGAACAUCGCUCAAGUGCCACUUCCGCGCAUUGGUUCCUUCACCGUGGACAAUAACGGAUUCUUACAUUUAGGCAACAGGCCACUGUCGCCGGUAAUGCAUCAGCUCGAGAAUGAGCAGAUCCCCGUGGAUAUCCCUCGUCAUCUAACCUACACUUCCGCAGACUCAUAUGUGAUAGACAUACUCAAUUGUGUACACGAUAGUCGGUUACGCCAUCAACCAAACGGCGUUAGCGACACUGGUGACUGUAUCUACCAGAUGUCGGCUCUGGCCGCCAUGAAAGCUACCUUAUCACUCUUCCUACGACGCGACCUCCGCCAUGGACCUUUUGUUUUCAGCCUGACCGAUUUACAUCCGAGUAACAUUUUUGUUGAUGAAAACUGGAAUAUCACCUGUCUUAUUGAUCUUGAAUGGGCUUUCUCCUGUCCCGUCGAGAUGAUUCACCCUCCCCGCUGGCUAGCGAAUCAGGCAAUCGACCAGAUGGACGAGAAGAAAUACGACCCCCUCCGUCGCGAGUUUCUAGAUGUUUUCGAGAAAACCGAGCAGGAGCUUUCCAUUCAACCUCCACACAGACUUUCCGUUGUCAUGAAACAAGCAUGGAAGAUGGGGACGUUCUGGUACACUUUGGCUCUUCGAAGUCCAAUGGGGCUUGCUCGAGUAUUCUACGAUCACAUCCAGCCGAUACUCGCUAACGGGCAUGAAGACAACGAUGGGUUUUACACAAUUAUGAUGGAAUAUUGGACCAUUGAUACGAGGACGUUCAUUGAGAGGAAACUAGCAGAUAAGGAGGCCUACGACAGGAAGCUCCGUCAGGCGUUUGAGGACAAAGUAGAAAAUCCCCGUUAA